UACACACACUUUCACUGUGUGUGGUCAGUCAAUCCCAGUGAAACACAUGACUAAAGCUAAAACAAUACUACCACGAAAGAAGAGAAAGCAAAAGUGUCUGCUCCUCCUUGGUCCUUUUUAAACUAUGUCAUCUGUAGCCUAAGAACGGCUAUAUUUACAUUUUCAGCUACUCCCACUAGCAUGAACAUUUAGCUAAAUAGCAUACCAAGUAUAUACUGUAAUUACCACAUUGUGUGUCUGCGUGAGGAAGAAACAAAGAGACACGUUGAGCUUACGUUAAUUUUUUGUUUCACAUUCUUUUAGAAGCCCAGUUGAAGAGGAGAUAAUUUUCAGAUUGGGCUACUACUAGUGUUCCAGGGAGCUUCUCACAGUGAGAUACUUGUGAUGAUAAAGAGCAAUCAGAGAUGAGAAGAGCACCGGAAUCAGAAAAACCACCAGCACAGUACCCUAUUGGGGCUAAGGUGACAAAUAUAUCCGAUGCCCAUGACUUUCUGGAUAUGGACUUCACUGUUCCUCUUCAAACAUGGGAAGGAAACAAUUUCUAUCUGGAGCAAGAGGAACUUAUGCCUAUUGCUGGUACAAUCAAGCGAUGUGAUGAUUCCGUUGAAGAUAGUGCCUUUAUUUCAUUCCAUGGAGCAAGUCAUCCACCAGAACCUGUUGAUACUGACCUAAUGAAACCAGUCUAUGUACCAAUCGGUCCGAAUAAAGUAGAUGGUAAAUGCCUAGUAAAAAGCAUGUCUCUCAAGGGUCCUUCCCUGGAUGAUAUUUCAUUUCUUUCACCUGCUGAGAGAUGGGCUGAAAAUCCAAAUGAUCUAGGUGUAGUAUCCUCUCCAUUUGUGGUUCCUCGUCCAUCUCAAAACACGUUAGCAAGUCUAGCCCCUGAUUCUGAAGAAAAAGAGUGUCUUUGGGAUGCAUCAGUAUCCUCAAGCAGCAAUGUUAGUCCAUAUAGUAGCAUUGAUAGUACUGGUGUUGGCACAGCUAUGAGCAUUCCAUAUAGGAGUGAUCGGUUGAUGAGUGAAAGCUUGCUUAUUACGGACAGAAACUGUGAGAGCACGAAACUGAAUAUUCAUGGGGAUUCGCUAGAAAGUGCUAAAACUAGCUUUAGCAGAGCAAGCGAUAGCAGUGAACUUAGUGAUGAUAGUAACUGGAGUAACAUUACUGGCAGUGCCAAUAAGCCUCACAAAGGGAGUGAUCCCAGAUGCAAGGCUAUUCUUGCAAUACGGGCACGUGAUGGUAUAUUAGGCAUGAGUCACUUUAGGUUACUGAAAAGACUUGGUUGUGGUGACAUUGGCACUGUUUAUCUUUCAGAGCUAAACGGGACUUGCUGCGAUUUCGCAAUGAAAGUGAUGGAUAAGGCAUCGCUCGCAAGUAGGAAAAAAUUAAUCCGUUCUCAGACCGAAAAAGAAAUCCUUCAGCUGUUAGACCACCCAUUCUUACCAACAUUGUACGCUCAUUUUGAAACCGACAGAUUUUCAUGUUUAGUCAUGGAAUAUUGCCCAGGAGGAGAUCUAUAUACUCUACGACAAAGACAGCCUGGGAAGCAUUUUUCAGAAUAUGCCGCAAGGUUUUAUGCCGCAGAAGUUCUAUUGGCUCUCGAAUAUCUUCACAUGCUAGGUGUACUUUACAGAGACUUAAAGCCUGAAAACGUUCUAGUGCGUGACGAUGGCCACAUCAUGCUUUCGGAUUUUGACCUAUCCCUAAAAUGUGCAGUUUCACCUAUGGUCAUAAGGACCUCAUCUGAUGAUCCCUCUAAACGAGGAGCUGCCUUCUGUAUUGAACCCACGUCUACAUGCAUUCAGCCAACAUGCUUCCUCCCCCGAAUAUUUCCUCAAAAGAGCAAGAAAAGAUCACAAAAGCCUCGAACCGAGCUUGGUUUUCCUGCUAAUGCUAUGCCUGAGCUAGUUGCGGAACCUACUGCAGCACGGUCAAUGUCAUUUGUUGGGACUCAUGAAUACUUAGCCCCUGAAAUUAUCAAGGGAGAAGGCCAUGGCAAUGCAGUUGAUUGGUGGACAUUUGGCAUUUUUCUGUAUGAGUUACUAUAUGGUAAAACCCCAUUUAAGGGAUCAGGAAACCGGGCAACUAUUUUCAAUGUAGUUGGACAACAGCUGAAGUUUCCAGAUACUCCUGCAACGAGUUAUGCUAGCCGAAAUCUGAUUCAAGGCUUGCUCGUUAAAGAACCUCAACACCGGCUCGGGGUGAAAAGAGGAGCAAGUGAGAUCAAGCAACACCCUUUCUUUGAAGGCGUUAAUUGGGCCCUGAUUCGUUCCAGUACUCCUCCUGAAGUGCCAAGACACGUUGAACCUGAGCUUCCACGGAAGUUUAAACAAGUGGAACCUGUUGGAGUUUGCAGUAAAAGAAUUGUAGGAACAGAUGUGAAUUCUGUGGGUAAUUAUCUUGAUAUUGAGUUCUUUUAGUCUAGGAUUAUAGGAUUUUUGUCUAGAAUUUUAUCAGCUUAUUUCAUUUAUCUUUCUGGUUUUGAGUUAAA